GGCUCAAGUCCUUCAGCUGCAGGGCCAGAAGAAGUUCCGUAGGGGCCGGACCAGCCGCCGGCUUCGCGCUGCGGCAGCGCCGGGGCCGCUCCCGGGACCCGCGGGGCCGGGCGCUGGGAGCCUCGGCUCGCUGCGCUUCCCACGGCUCCCCGCGAUCCCAGCCCCGCGCCGAGACCCGCGGCAGCCCCCCCGCCCCGCCCGGCCCGGCCCGGCCCGGCCCGGCCCGGGGCGGCUCCCUUGGCUCGGCGCCGCUCGGUCCCGCCCGCCCGCAGCGCUGGGCUUUCCGCGCCGCCCGCCCGCCGCACCGCAGCCCCAUGUCCGCGCUCCCCGCCGGCGCCGACAUCAAGCGGGCUCUGGAGAACAGCCCCGAGACCAACAUCGAGGAUGAGCUGCCCGACGGGCCGCCGCAGCCGCGGCCCAAGAGCUACCUGCUCCUCAGCAUCCUCUCCUGCUUCUGUCCCGCCUAUCCCGUCAACAUCGUCGCCUUCGUGUUCGCCGUCAUGGCUCUGAACAGCUACAACCAAGGGGACAUAGAAGGCUCCAAGCGGCUGGCUCGCAACGCGCUCUGGGUGGCCGUGGCCUCCAUCAUCAUCGGCCUCGUCAUCAUCGGCAUCUUCUGCGUGGUUCACUUCACAACGCAUGCUAUCUGAAGACCAGGACUGCACUUGGAUGAUAUCAACAUGUAAACCUCUGGAGGGGGAAAAAGAAGAGAUGGAAACCAUUCCAGACUGUUAGCUCUGACCCUACAAGUCUGCAGAGGCAUGUUGCUGGUGAAUGAACUGAUAGCCCAGUUAGUUAAUCAGCAUGGCGUGACCAGGUUUUCAAAAUUAUUUAUUUAUAAGACAUCUCAGUAUAAAGCAGCAUUUUCUCUUUUACCCUAAUGCAUAAUGAGAUUUGCCCUAAAAAACAAAUCCCUUUUCUUUCUCUUUUCCAUGGAAUGUAUGCUGGAUCUGUGAUGCUCCCUGGCUGACCCCAGCCAGACAAAGCCAACCUAUCCAGACUGUUUGUAGUGCACAGUGUAAGAUCUGAUGCACAGCCCACUGAAGCUAGUAGGAGAACUCCUGUUACUUCUGGCAGAUUUUGGAUCAGGCCAUUAAGGAUUUUUUCAUUACUUUAAAAUAGUCUCAACAUGAUACAACUGUACCCAUGGGUUUGUGAUUUUAUCCUGCUCUGUGAUUUUAUAAUGCCGUGGGCACACUCUGACUCAGCAGCUGCUUUCUUUUGUCAUCCUCAGCUUUUAGAACUUUACCUUGGAUUUUUAAACACCUGGGACCGAUUUCAAUCACUUGAUUAUUAAGAGAGACUCUUCUUCCAUAGCAUCCAUGUUUUUAUUAAUGAUUUAUUUUUGUUUUGUUGUCUUUCAUUGUUGCACUCCCUUGACUUAGCUCCUGUCCCGCAUUAAAUUUGCACUGAUCAUAUUUUCCUCUUUAAACCUCACAUAUGUAAAAAGUUCCUAUUUUUUUAUCUGACAAAAGAUCUUCUUUUUAAACAGACGUCCUUCAUCCCUUUGUUGUUGUGCUUCUAGCAAGGCACAUCGUUUCAUUGUGUUCUGCUUUGUUCAUGUGGGUUUUGUUCAGCUCAUCCUCUCAUCUCUGUGACUGGUCUGUGUAUCACUGCAGUUAGAGAUGGACAGACUUCUGCCCCUCUGCCUAGUUACAGACACACUUCCUGAUCCUUAGACACUGCUCAGAGAGCAGCCUCAGGUUCCAGAAUUGAUGGCCUCUAAAUUGCUGCCAUUUCUUGAUAACUUGUGAAAAUCUAGCAUGGGACAGCUGGUUUUAUUAGCUGUUUCACAGAAUACAAUUGUUU